AUGUUGUCUAAACGAGCGGUGUUGCUGCUAGCUGCGUGCUUGGCCUCCGUGGUAGAAGCCGCGCCGGGGGCAGCGGCAGCCGCCUCCCGCCGCCCUCGACUCCGCCUCCCGCGCGCUGACGCCGUCAACCAGUUCCCUGACGGCUUCAUGCUGGGGGCGGCCACGGCCUCGUACCAGAUCGAGGGCGGAUGGGACGCCGACGGCAAGGGCGAGAACAUAUGGGACCGUAUGUUGCACGAACAUCCGGAAUAUGCCAAGGGCGAGAACGGGGACGUUGCCUGCGAUUCUUACCACAAAUACGCGGAGGACGUGCAGGCAGUCAAGAAUCUGAACGCAAAUGUGUAUCGUUUCUCUAUUUCCUGGGCUCGAAUUUUACCAAACGGUGAUACAGAUGUAAUUAACCAGGCAGGUCUGGACUACUACAACAAUCUCAUCAAUCUGCUGCUGGAAAAUGGGGUCCAGCCACUGGUGACGAUGUACCACUGGGAUCUUCCCCAAGCACUGCAGUACAUUGGCGGCUGGCCGAACCCCAUUUUGGCAGACUAUUUCGUCGAGUACGCUCGGGUUCUCUUCGAGAACUUUGGCGAUAGGGUGAAGUUCUGGAUAACUUUCAACGAGCCUGCUGUGUUCGUGAGUGGCUACGCCAGCCAGGGAGGGCAGGCCCCCAGCCAACCUGCUCCAGGUAUCGGCGAUUACCUGUCGGCCCACACGGUCAUCAAGGCGCAUGCACGCGUCUACCACCUGUACCAAGAGCAAUACAAGGCCACGCAGCAAGGUUACGUGGGCAUCACGCUGAACAGCGACUGGAACGAACCAGCCAGCAACUCAACCGAAGACAUCGAAGCAGCUGAACGCGCCCGCCAGUUCCAGGUUGGACUCUACGCUCACCCCAUCUUCACCGAGGAGGGCGACUACCCUCCAGUGAUGCGGGAGCGUGUGGACGCCAACAGCGCCGCAGAGGGAAGGCCACGCUCCAGGCUGCCUUCUUUCACCAGUGACGAAGUCGCCUACAUCAGGGGAACAUCGGAUUUCUUCGGUAUCAACCAUUACACUUCGGUACUCACGGCAUCAGGUGACGCUGGAACCAUACCGUCAAAGGACCACGAUGCUGGCGUCAUCAACUACGGCGACGACUCUUACCCCCACGGCGCUUCUAGCUGGCUCAGGGUAAUCCCCUGGGGAUUCCGUAAACUUCUGAACUGGAUUGCUGUUUCAUACCCAGAAUACCCAAUAUUUGUGACGGAGAACGGCUACUCAGACUGGGGUGAGCUGGAUGACAAAAAUCGUACCAACUAUUACACGAGCUACCUAGCAGAAAUGCUGAAAGCGAUCAAUGUUGAUGGCAACAACGUAAUUGGUUACACAGCCUGGAGUCUGCUUGACAACCUUGAGUGGAACGAUGGUUACGCCAUUAAAUUCGGCCUGUAUCAGGUCGACUUCAAUGAUACCGAGCGUCCCAGGACAGCGAAGGAUUCAGUGCAAACUUUAGCUCAGAUCUACGCUAACAAGGAGUUACCCAUGGAAGCGAUGGUGCCGACGAGGACUCUGCUGCUGCUCGCCGCCGGGCUCGUGGUGGCCCAAGCGGCCGCCGUGGGCAACCGGUCGGCCAUCCGCAUCAAGCGGGCAGACGCGGUCAACACGUUCCCCGACGGCUUCAUGUUCGGCGCAGCUACGGCAGCUUACCAGAUCGAGGGUGCCUGGAACGAGGACGGCAAAGGUGAGAACAUAUGGGACCAUAUGUUGCACGAGCACCCGGACUAUGCCGCAAAUUGGGAUAACGGAGACGUGGCGUGUGAUUCAUACCACAAGUAUGCAGAGGACGUUGAGGCCCUCAAGAACUUGAAAGCAAACACGUACCGCUUUUCCAUCUCGUGGUCGAGGAUCUUACCGAGUGGAGACGUUGACAACAUCAACCAAGCAGGUAUCAACUACUACAACAACCUCAUCAACUUGUUGCUGCAGAACGGGAUCACACCUCUGGUGACGAUGUACCAUUGGGACCUCCCCCAGAUGUUGCAGUACAUCGGAGGAUGGCCAAACCCCGUUGUGGCUGACUACUUCGUCGAGUACGCAAGAGUGCUGUUCGAUAACUUUGGAGACAGGGUAAAGUGGUGGAUCACCUUCAAUGAGCCGGCUGCGUUUUGCUACGGCUACGCCAACAUGUAUUCGCACGCUCCCAGUAUGCCGAACCCAGGAAUCGGUGACUACCUCACGGCACACACCGUUCUCAAGUCGCACGCACGGGUCUACCAUCUGUACCAGGACCAGUACAAGGCGACGCAGCAAGGUUAUGUUGGCAUCACACUGGACAGCAACUGGUUUGAGCCGUCAACCGACUCCGCAGAAGACCAAGAGGCCUCCGAACGCUCUCUGCAGUUCCAGCUGGGAGAGUUCGCGCAUCCCAUCUUCAGCUCGGACGGCGACUACCCUCCGGUGAUGCGGCAGCGGAUAGACGCCAACAGCGCUGCAGAGGGAAGACCACGUUCCAGGCUGCCCUCUUUCACCGCCGAUGAGGUCGCCUACAUCAAAGGAACGUCCGACUUCUUCGGUCUCAACCACUACGCCACAUCGCAUGCCAGGAAUAAAGUGGUUGGUGCCGUUCCGUCCAAGGAGUAUGACACUGGCGUUGAGCUGUACCUCAACCAGUCUCUCCCUCACGCCGCCACUGAGUGGCUAGUGGUGGCUCCCUGGGGAUUCCGUAAGCUUCUCAACUGGAUUGCUAAUGAAUACCCAGGAUAUCCCAUAUUUGUUACGGAGAAUGGAUAUUCAGACAAUGGCGAGUGGAACGAUGUGAACCGUACCAACUAUAUUACCAGCUAUAUGGCGGAGAUGUUGAAGGCAAUUAACGAAGAUGGCAUCGAUAUCUUCGGUUACACAGCCUGGACCCUCAUGGACAAUUUCGAGUGGUCAUGGGGAUACACGGCCAAAUUUGGACUCUACUACGUGGACUUCAAUGAUGAUGCGCGACCGAGGACAGCUAAAGACUCGGUUCAGACCCUAGCUCAAAUAUACUCUAGCAAUGAGCUACCAAUGGAAUAUUUUAACUAA